AUGGCGAUCGAAGAAGCCAAGGAUACGGGAUCCGCUACCCGCGGCACGGAAUCAAAGCUUGAACCGACAGUCUCAUCCGCAGAGUCUUCAUCGUCGUCUGCAUAUGACGGACCUCGUGCGCAAGUUGCAAAGGUAGACUGUGCCUUUGACACCACUGAGGAUCCACGUUAUUACAAACCCAUCCCUGAAUACGAGGGUGCUCAUCGCUGGGAUCCCGAUUUCGAAUGGACAGAAAAAGAGGAGAAAGCCGUCGUGAAAAAGAUCGAUUGGCGCGUCUGCACCUUCGCCUGCGUCACUUUCUUCGCGCUCCAACUUGACCGAGGAAACAUCGUCCAGGCGACAUCUGAUAAUAUGUUAGACGACCUCGGAAUGACCACAAACGAUUACAACACAGGCCAGACUAUCUUCUAUCUGACAUUCCUUUUCGCUGAACUGCCUUCGCAACUGCUCUCCAAAUGGCUUGGGCCCGACCGCUGGAUUCCUGUCCAGAUGGUGACCUGGAGUAUCAUCGCUGCAUGCCAGGCGUUUAUCCAAAACAAAAGCGGGUUCUUCGCCACCCGUGCUAUGCUCGGCCUUAUCGAGGGUGGUUUCAUUCCAGACACGAUCCUUUUCCUAUCUUUCUGGUACAAAUCCAAGGAGUUGCCUAUCCGUCUCAGCUACUUCUGGGUUACAUAUGAGGCGACAUCCAUUGUCAGCGCUUUCCUUGCGUUCGGCUUCCUCCAUAUCCGACAGUCGGAUGGAACCGGAGGCUGGAGGUACCUAUUUGCUUUAGAAGGUCUGAUCACUGGCUUGAUUGGUAUCGCUGCAGCAGCUUGGAUGCCGCCUUCUCCCACACAGACCGCAGGUCGGUUCCGUGGCAAGGAUGGCUGGUUUAAUGAGCACGAAGAGAAAAUCAUGGUGAAUCGCGUGCUGCGCGACGAUCCCAGCAAGGGAACCAUGCACAACCGUCAAGCCGUCACUCCUAAGCUCCUUUGGCAAGCCUUGAAGGACUACGAUAUGUGGGUCAUCUACCUUCUUGGUCUGACUUGGAUGAUCCCCAACACCCCAGCGACCUCGUACAUCAGUUUGGAGCUGAAGUCACUCGGCUUCAGUACUUUCCACACCAACCUUCUCACCAUUCCGGCAUAUAUCAUCUUUAUCGUCAAUCUGUUGAUCUGGACAUGGUUUUCUGAGCGGUUUAAUCAACGAUUGCUUCUUGGUGUCGGUGCGGAGAUUUGGGCUUUAGCUCUGCUCAUUGCUUUGGAGCUUCUGCCCGCAGGUGCCAGUACCUGGGCUCGUUGGGUCUUGCUGAUCAUGCUGAUCGGUAUGCCCUACGUACAUGCUAUUAUUGUCGCAAUCACAUCUCGAAAUGCUGGCUCUGUGAGAACGCGGACAGUUGCAACUGCUGUUUAUAACAUGAUGGUCCAGGCCAGCAGCAUUAUUGGAAAUAACAUCUACCGCACCGAAGACAAACCAUAUUAUCGCACUGGCAACAAAGUCCUUAUUGGUAUUACAGUCUGGAGUGCCUUCCUUUUCAUUGUUGCCAAGUAUUACUACGUUUGGCGCAACAAGCAAAAUACUGCUAUCUGGGACAAAAUGUCCAGCGAGGAAAGGGAGAGAUAUGUGGCCGAGAACAAAGAUCUCGGAAACAAGAGAGUCGACUUCCGUUUCCUGCAUUAG